UUUAAUUCCUUAUUAUCUGAUGUACAUUGUCCAAUUUCAUUUACCUUACAUUUUGACGAUGUUUUAAAUACUACUAUUUCAUGUAAUAAUCCAACAAAAAUGGAGGAGGGAAUUAACAAAUGGAAGGCUGAAAAAGCGGUGGAUUUCGUUAAUAAUAUUGACGAUGACUCGAUCAAAUAUAUUACUGAUUUGAUUAAUAACUGUAAUGACCCAUUGGAACUUAAUAUUGACGAGCUGAUAGAUAAAUGUUGUAAUGUAUUAUUGCAUGCAGCUAAAAAUUCACUUGGCAUUAAUAUUAAGAAACGUAAUGUGAAUAACAAGUCAGUCGCUUCCAAUAAACCCUGGUUUGAUCUUAAUUGCAAAAAAGCUAGAAAAACAUACAGACAAUGUAAAGGUCAGUACAGACGGCGUCGUAACGAGUAUUUUUAUAAUAAAUACAAAGAAUCUGAAAAAGCUUAUAAAUAUACUAUGAAUAAAAGUAUUAAAACUUAUAAAUAUGAUGUACGAAAAAAGUUGAAAACUAUGAAAAGCAAGAAUCCAAGAGAUUAUUGGAAGCUGCUGAAAGGUAAUGGAAAUAGAAAACCUAAAGGAAAAAUUCCUCUAGAUACUUUUUUCAAUUUUUAUAAAGACCUCAACGCAAGUGUUGAUGAUGGUAUUACUGAUUUACAUGAAGGUCAUGAUGGUAUAACUGAUGUACAUGAAGGUCAUGAUGGCCCUAUUAAUGAAUUUUUAAAUUCUGAUAUAACCAAAGAUGAGGUUGAAAAGGCUAUUAGAUCUUUGAAAAACAACAAAUCAUGCUCUGAUGACAAUAUAACCAAUGAAUACAUCAAAUGCUCUGCCGAUGACGAAAACAAUGACGACAGUGAAACCUCAGACUCUGAUGAAGAUUCUGAUGAAGCUGAUGAAGACGCGCAAAAAUCCACCGAGAAACAGGAUGAUGAACAGCAACGCGAGGAAAGUGCGUCAGCGCCUCCAGCCACCCGGGUCACAGCUGAUAUAAAAGAUCAUGAUAAUUCAAAACCUCCCAAACGAAGAAGUGCCCCCAAAGAAAAACAAGAACAUUAA